CUAAACAGAAAACCCUAUUAAGUAAAAAACAAGGAAAUAUAUUUAUAUGCCCCUUUGCCAUUUUUCCUCUCAUCACUCCUUUCUUGGACAGUUGUUGUAUCUGGUUCUCGCUUAGCCUCCACUUCAUUUAAGCUCGCAAACUUUAUGAACUCUUUAAAGUCUCAAUCUUUUUGCUGCUACUUCUCUUGAAUCAUAUCGUUUCUGAUCUGGGUUAUGCUUAAAUUCCCAUUCAGAUUAUUAUUUUCACCAUUUUGUUGCUCUUGGCUGCUUUCUUUUGAAAACCAACGAAAACCCAUUUGUUUCUGGGGGUUUUUGGUAGUUUCUUGAUUUGGAAGAUUAGAUUCUGAUAAGUGGUUUCUUUUUCAACAAAGAUGCAAGUAAUGGAUAUGUUUUAUGAGGAAGGAUCUUCGGUAAAGCUUUGAUUCUUUUCCCAAGGAAGAAGUUGUUUUUCUUUCAAGCAACUUCAAAUAACUUCAGACAAUGGGAAGGGGAAGAGGGAAAGCGAAGAAGCAGACUGUUAUUGCUUCACAUGAAGAUCCUGGCAGUGGUGAAGAAGAAAAAGCUCCUGCUUAUAGAAGAAGAGGAAGGCCAACAAAACCAUUAAAGGAUGACAAUGAAGAAGAAGAAGAAACUGUGGAGAUAAAAGAAGAUGGCAAGGAUGCAAAGGAUUCCAUUUCUUCUAAAGACGUGAAAAAUCAGGCUGCCAUGGAAAAUGGACGCAAGAGGAAGAGGCCUGCACAUACCAAAGAAAAUACAGAUUCAGCAAAAGAGGGAAAUGAUGUUGGAACAAAAUUGAGUUCUGAUGAUUCAAUAGUUAGUAUUGGAUUUCGACAAAAUGGAAGCAGGCGAAAAAAUAAGCCUAGGCGCGCAGCUGAAGCUGUUGUUGAGUGCAAGUGAAGUUCAAAUUUGUUGCUUUAAUGGUUUUAUAUCUUCUUUUCUGUCAUGGGAUAAAUAUUACUAUGGAAGCAGAGGUCAUUGGCUUACAUUUGAUUUCAGAUGUUUAGUUUGUUAUAUGCUAUUUGUUUUUGUAAUUGUUGAUUCCAUUUCCUAGGAAUAGAUAGCUUUGAUUUGGAAGCUAGAACACUAAUUUUACUGAAUAUAAUCCUGCCGAAAUCUUCCACCGUCAGAAUUAUUUGUCAGUCUUCUGCUAUUUGCAUUUAGUCGUUGCACAUGAGAAAAAGCCUUUGUUUCUCUUUUGCAGGAGAA